AUGUUCGCAAACGCCGCAUUAGUUUUGGGUUUAGCAGCGACAGUUGCCUCACACUGCACGCGUCCCCAGCUCGUCGAAGCAGUAGAUUCAUAUCUGGCGACACAAACCAGUGGAAAGACCGCAGCAUUCAAAGCCCGUUUCGACAACAGCACCUGGCUCGGUUACUACGAAAACGCAAAGAAAAUCGACGUCGACACCGGCAUCUUGAACAAGCCUCUCGCCAUUACCCAUAACCGCAGUCUCUACGAUACAACCAGCUGCGCAACAUACACCGAAGUUAUUGUAAACAGCACGACUGAUCCAUAUGUCAUUGGUACCCAACUGCGCUUCGCGAACCACAAAAUAAACAAGGUGGACAUGAUUGUCACGAAGCCUGGUGACUGGCUCUUCAACAUCACCGGCUACGCGUACUGGGUCACGCAGGAAAACUGGGGUACCAUUCCAGAGGAGCAGCGAGACACUCGAGAUACGAUCAAGAAGGCAGCAGAUGCGUAUUGCGACCUCUUUAACAACCCGAACGUCACGGUUCCAUGGGGCAAGCCUUGCGUGCGGCUUGAAGGCGGGCUCUACGGUGACCCGGGACCCAACGGGACGUGUGCGGGCGGUGUGCCCUCCGGUGUUCCGCUGCGCAACAGGCGGUAUGUCAUCGAUGAGACGGUGGGUGCUGUGGAUGUGAUGCUGGAUUUUGGGAACAGUGGGUGGCCGGAUUCGCAUGAGUUCAGGAUUGAGAAUGGGAAGAUCCGAUAUGUGCAUACGAUGACUCAUUGUGGAAUUCCCAAUUGCGGUCUGCGCUUCCAGAGGUUCGAUUGA